CGCACGUGUUCAGAGCUGGUAGGUCAGAAUGAAUCUGAUGUUUACUGUACUUCCUGUAAAGAAGACACGCUGACAGUCAACAGUGUUUACGGAUCAUGUUUAAAGUCUUAUGCGCUGAGCGAUGUUCCAGAGGCAGGUCCUGCACUUCCUGCGGCUCGCCGGGGGACGAGCAUCACUUCCUGUGAAGUCCCGGUCCUGCAGCUCCGAACCGACCAAUCAGGAGCCUCCUCUGGAGAAUGAGUCUCUCCUGGAGAACCUGUCCAUCCUGGGAGUGGACCUCCCCUCGGCCCGCAGGCGUCAGCCGGGCGUCUUGAGGAAGCUGCUGACCAACGAACAAGGCCUGGCUCUCUUCCUGAAGAGCAAAGGAGCGGAUCCAGAGACGAUCGCCAGCAUCAUCUCACGCUUCCCUCGCUCCAUCACACGCUCCUGCGAACACCUGGAGGAGCGCUGGAGGCUCUGGAGGGACAUCUUCAAGAGCGACGCCGAGGUGGUGGGGAUCCUCUCGCGAUCGCCCGAGUCGUUCUUCCGCUCCAGCGACAAUAAGAACCUGGAGGAGAACAUCAGUUUCUUGAGGACGCUGAGAAUCACGGGGAAAGAUCUCCACCGGUUGCUGACCACCGCGCCACGGACCUUCUCCAACAGCGUGGAGCUCAACAGAAACAUGGUUGAGUUCUUGAAGAGCAUCUGCGUUAGUUUCGACGGGAACGAACCGGAGCGUUUCGCUCGAGCCGUCAUCUCCAGAAACCUGUACGUCUUCAUCCGCAGCACGAACCGGAUCAGAGCUAAUGUGGACUUCCUCUGCAGGUCGUUGAGUUUGAGUAACGCCGAAGCGCUGGGUUUGUUCCAGUCCCACGGAGCGCAGAUCCUCGACGUCUCUCACGAGAGCCUGAAGAGGAACUUCCAGAACCUUCGGACGAAGCUGGACACGCUGGGCUGCGACGAGGCCGACUUGAAGAGGAUGAUCUUGAACUAUUCUCUGGUGCUGUUCAUCUCGUCCGAGCGGCUGAACGAGAAGCUGGACUGUCUGAUGGACGGCGGGAUCCUCGCGCAGCAGAUCGUGUGCAAACCCAAAGUCCUGGAUUUCAGCGUCGCAUGCAUCCGGCAGCGUCUGAACGAGCUCAACGCACUGGGCUACGACUUCCAGAAGAGCGGCAUCGCUGUGUUAGACACGAGCAAGAAACGCUUCCUCGCUAAACUACAGCGACUGAGCUUGGCGGAGGUCUGAUGAAGUCACUUCUCAUCACUUUUAUUUAAAACCAUUCAUUUUGCAACAAAUGCAAUGAAUGAGCUGAAAUGCACUAGAUAAAAAAACAACAACUAUAUUUUGUAGCAUGUGUUCAUUGUAUUUCAUGCAUCAGUGUUGGGAAGGUUAUUUUAGACGUGUAAUAGCUUACAGAUUACAUGUUAGCCUAUGUAACAAGUAAUUCAUUCAUAAUAAGUUGUGUGACUAAAGUAUUACUUUUGAUUACUUUUCUGACCCGCAUUGCUGUGAUUCAUUUUCUUUAAAUGUUUAUUUUGGUCCAAAUUGUUGUGAGAAAUGAGCUAUUUAUAAACAAAUGCAAUAAAUGAGCUGAAAUGCACUAGAAAACAAUGUUUCGAGGACAUUAAAACAACUAUAUUUUGUA